GCUUAUUAACUCAACAAACAACACACCAAAACUUCAAGUAUAACUAACACACAUUCCUCACAUAUCAACCAACAUUUUCCACAUUUGACAUUAUAUAUAAUGGAGAGAGUAACAAAGAUGGUUUCAGAAAGGCCAGUGGUGAUAUUCAGCAAGAGUUCAUGUUGCAUGAGUCAUACAAUAAAGACACUAUUUUGUGACUUUGGUGUGAAUCCAGCAGUAUAUGAACUUGAUGAGAUACCAAGAGGGAGAGAGAUUGAACAAGCACUUAUUUCAAGACUUGGUUCUUCUCCAUCUGUUCCAACUGUUUUCAUUGGUGGUGAGCUUGUUGGUGGAGCCAAUCAAGUUAUGAGUCUUCAUCUUAACCGUUCCUUAAUUCCAAUGCUUAAAAAAGCUGGUGCUCUUUGGCUUUAAUCUCAUCACUCAUCAUCAUCCACUCAAUAAACUAACCCGUUUUGGUUAUAUAUAUCUAAUGAGAUCAUAUGUAGAGAGGAAAAAUAUAUAUAUAUAUAUAUGAUGAGCUACUAGAGUUUAUGGCAUAAGGUAAUAAGUCUAACUUAAUUGAUAGAUUUGGGUACCGAUCGAUGCUACACUAUAGAGGAGGAUCCAAGCCCUCUGUUUAGCCUUCUUUUUUCGGGGUUAAAUGUAAUGUUUUUGAUGUAAUGUUCUCUUUUUGAUAAGUAUGACAAUUAAUAAAUAUGGAUCCAUGAGUUAUCUUUUUGUAUCAA